AGGCCUCCGAUUGGAGGAGCAGAGCUCAACUUACUUCCUGGCAUGCUGCCAUUGGCUCCUGCGGCGGCUCCGCCUCCUCUGGGCUCUGGGGACCACAACCACAGACAGACCAGUAGGUGGCGGUAAUAGACCUCCACGCUGGUUGCCCACUGCUCUAAAACUCCAACAGAAGAAGAAGAAGGAGGAGGAACAGAAGAAGAAGCGGGGAGAUUUGAAAACAAAAAUGGCGAAAGUUCGGAGGGUUCUAGAGCGCUGUGACCCGGUCCUGUUGGAGCCCUGCGGGGAGCCCGAACCGGACUGUGCCGAGGCAGCAGGGACGGUUCUGUUCCUCACGGAGAGUCGACGAGUCCAGAAGGUUCUGUGGCGUCAGCUGUUUGUUCUGGACUCCAUGAUGUUCUUACUGAAAGGCCUUGAAUCUGCCCAGCAACUGAUGACACUGCCCUGUCCCCCGCCACCUGAGGGCGGGGCUCGCAGCAGGUGGAAGGCUCUGAAGGCGGAGACCAGGUCAGGGAUGGAGGAGACGGAGUUGCUGCUCAGAUCCCUGCAGGACCGAGUCCAACAGGUCCAGCACAGGAGAGACAGAGUCACAGCACUGCUGCAGCUGCUGCACAUCAAGCGGCAGCAUCAGGAUCAGCUCACUGUGUCGCUGCUGAAGGCCCAGAAUGCUUUGCAGUCAUGUGAGCGCCAGCUGGAACAGCUGAGGGCGGACUCAGAGGCUGCGCGCCAUCAGCUGGUGUCAUGGCGGUGCCUCAGAGACAUGCUGCAGGAACACGCUACCGCCACACAGGAAGUGAUGCAGAUCCAGCUCAUCUCUGUCGACCAAUCAGAGCUGCUGCUAGAGAUCAGGCCCCACCUCUCUUCCCAGCCAUCAGCCAAUGAGCUGCCGCCACUGAGGCUGGCGGUCAGCUGGCGCCAUGACGACAGAUUCACCCUGCAGGUGGGGGAGGAGUUAGCCGGGCAGGUGGAGGGCUGCGGGUCGGGACGUCGCCACGUGCUGAGCGCCGCCCUGUUGGACGUCCUGCAGAGCUACAUGAGCCAGGCGGCACUGCUGACCGAGAUCCACCACCUCAGGACCAGCUUCGCCAUCGACUGGUGCCCGACGCAGCGCCUGCUGGUCUACCUGAAGUCGGCGGCGCUGGUUUGCCACCUGCAGGUGGAGGAUGGCUACCCGGCAGCUGGGUCGGCCCGGCUCAGCUCGGUGCUGCGGGACGGACGGCCGGUGGACACAGAGGGACUGAAGCCUCGUAAAACUGAACUCUCUCUGACAGACUGGCUGGUUUUCCUCUGCAGCAGUCCGCUCAUCUGAAGGAGGGACAAGCUGUCCUCCAGUUUGUCCUCCAGUUUGUCUCUGUUUUUUCUUCCUUUUCUCUUCUUGUUUGUGUUACUUUGAUAUAAAAUAAAUUAUGUAACCAUA